UCCAACCGACGCACCCGUGCAACACACCCUUUCGAUAUAAGCCCCACAGAACUGUGUUCUAUGGGCUUGGUUCGUACGUACGUACGUGUACAAUUUAUUUUUCCGUUUUUUAUUUCUGUUGUCUAGUACACCAAUCAUAUUCUGCUGGGAAAACUCGCCAAUUUCUCCUAACGUAUCCUUGAAAAUGCUCAAUAAUGGCAUAUAGUGUGAAAAUAAUUAAGAAAUUAAACGUUAGAACACUAUUGCGAAUCCACGAAAGGAGUAUUUCUACCUCUGUAUGUACUCUGAGUCGCAGAAGAGUUGUGGUCACUGGAGUAGGUGUGGUGUGUCCUCUAGGAGUAGGCAUUGAUGUGGUGUGGCCAAGGCUUUUAGAAGGACAGAGUGGGAUCACCAAAAUAAUAGGAGAUGAGUUCAAAGGCAUCCCAUGCCAAGUUGCUGGUUUUGUUCCAAGGGGCAACAAACAGGGUGAAUUUGAUGCACUUCGAUAUGUCUCAUCAUCAGACUUUCGGAGCAUGAGUCUGGCAACCAUCUUUUCUCUUGCUGCUGCACAGGAAGCCCUCUUACAAGCAGAGUGGAAACCAGAGAGUGACGAUGACAGAAACAACACGGGUGUGGCCGUUGGGAUGAUUAUGGCAGAAUUGCAAGAUAUUGUGGACGCCGGUCAGACUCUCAGAGAAAAGGGCUACAAGAAGCUUACUCCAUACUUUGUCCCGAAGAUUCUUGCUAACCUUGCAGCCGGUCACAUCAGCAUCAAGUACAACCUCAGAGGUCCAAACCAUAGCGUAUCGACAGCCUGUACUACGGGGGUUCAUGCGCUGGGUGAUGCAUCACGGUUCAUUCGUCACGGGGAUGCCAACGUCAUGAUAGCAGGAGGGACAGAGGCGUGCAUAUGUCCAUUAGGCUUGGCUGGAUUUGACAGAGCAAGGGCAUUGAGCACAAAGUUCAACGACACACCUGCACAGGCAUCAAGACCGUUUGACAAGGAGAGGGAUGGCUUUGUGAUGUCAGAAGGAGCUGCUGUAGUGGUUCUGGAGGAAUUGGAGCACGCUAAAUCAAGAGGUGCCACAAUCCUUGCUGAAAUCCUUGGUUAUGGUUUAUCAGGUGAUGCAAAUCACAUGACCUCCCCAAGUGAUUAUGGCAUUGGAUCUGAGCUGUGCAUGAGGAAUGCCCUCCGAGAUGCCAAGCUGGGCCCUGAGGACGUUACAUACAUCAACGCACACGCGACCUCUACACCCAAAGGAGAUGUCAUUGAGAACAUGGCGGUGAAGAAGCUCUUUGGUUCCCAUGGCGAUCAUCUUCCAGCUGUAUCCUCCACCAAGGGAGCAACAGGUCACCUCUUAGGAGCAGCGGGUGCAUUGGAAGCUGUGUUCACCAUCAUGGCAUGCCAUACAGCACAACUCCCACCUACAAUCAACUUGACGUCUACGACUCCCGAGUUUGAUCUGAACUACGUCCCUCUGACCUCCCAACCGUGGGAACCGACGGGUGAAGGGUCAGGACGUCGGGUCGCUCUCACCAACUCCUUUGGUUUUGGAGGAACUAAUGCUUGCCUUUGUGUAGGAAGCAUAUUGUAACAAAUCAGGGUUUUAGUAUUGGACGAAGGUUAAGCAUUUUUGUUGUACGCGCAUGCGCUAUAGCAA